AUGGCGCGCCUCGCGGCCGUGGGCGGUGCCCUGCCCCGCGGCCUGGCCGCACAACGGUCCCUUCGUUUGGGGUCGUCGGCGUUUGCGCGCGCCAGCGCGGGCGUGGUUCGCUUCAACUCCAACGAGACGACUCCUCAUCCUCCUCCUCCUCCUCCCAGACGGCCCGGCGCGUCCUUCCAGGGCCAGCUCACACAGAGUAUCUCGCAGCGUUUGGAGCGCGAGAGGGCUGAUCUGGAGAGGUUGGCCAGGGUCAGGAAGGAGAGCCCGGUGGCGAGAAAUUUUACUUUGACCUUUGUCCUCUUCUUCGUCGGCUCCGUCUCCUGGUGGCUCGGAUACAAAUACCCGCGCGACGUCGAUCCGAACUCAACCCUCCCCCUCAGCGCGACUAAACCCCCCGUCCACAAGACCGCCCCCGUCAACCUCGAGGCUGCCUGGGCCGACUUCGUCGAGAUUGUCGGCCAAGAAAACGUCAGUACCGUCGACACCGUCCUUCAGCAGCAUGCUACCUCAGAAUGGUCCACCCACCAGGCUGACCCGGCGCACAAACCUUUCUGUGUGGUCUUCCCUGCUACCACGGAGGAGGUUUCGAAGGUUAUGAAGGUGUGCCAUACCCGGCGGAUUCCGGUUGUGGGAUACUCGGGCGGGACGUCCCUUGAGGGACAUUACACUCCGACCAGGGGAGGCAUCUGCAUUGAUUUCUCCCGCAUGAACAAGCUGGUCGCCCUGCACAAGGAAGACCUCGACGUGGUCGUCCAGCCCGGCAUAGGCUGGGAACAGCUGAACGAAGAACUCGCCCCCCAUGGCCUGUUCUUCCCUCCUGACCCCGGUCCCGGCGCCUGCAUCGGCGGAAUGAUUGGCACAGGCUGCUCCGGCACAAACGCCUACCGCUACGGCACAAUGAAGGACUGGGUCCUGAGCCUGACCGUCGUCCUGGCCGACGGCACGGUGAUCAAGACACGCCAACGCCCACGCAAAUCCUCCGCCGGGUACGACCUCACCCGGCUGUUUGUCGGCUCUGAGGGGACGUUAGGCCUCGUCACGGAAGCCACACUGAAGUUGGCUGUCCGCCCCGCAGCCACCUCCGUCGCGGUCGCCUCCUUCCCCAGCGUCCGCGCCGCAGCUGACUGUGUCGCGCGCGUUGUGGCCGACGGGAUCCCCGUUGCCGCCGUGGAGCUGCUCGACGAUGACCAGAUGAAGUUUAUCAACGCCACCGGCAGCACAACCCGCAAAUGGCGCGAAGCCCCUACCAUCUUCUUCAAAUUCGCGGGCACGCCAACCUCGGUCAAGGAACAAGUCGAGAUGGUCUCCAAGCUAGCCAAACACGCCAAGGCGCAAUCAUUCGACUUUGCCCGCGACGCAAACGAGCAAGAGGAGCUGUGGAGCGCCCGCAAAGACGCUCUGUGGGCAACCAUGGCUCAGCGCAAGCCGGGCGACCAUGUCUGGACGGGGGACGUCGCAGUGCCGAUGAGCAGGUUGCCCGAGAUUGUGGAGGCGACAAAGAAGGAUUUGCGGGCGAGCGGGUUGACGAGUUCGAUUGUCGGACAUGUAGGGGACGGGAAUUUUCAUGUGAUAUUGUUGUAUGGGGAUAAGGAGAGGAAAAUCGCCGAGGAGUGUGUGCAUAGGAUGGUGAGGAGAGCGGUGGAGAUGGAGGGGACUGUUACGGGUGAGCAUGGCGUUGGUCUGGUUAAGCGAGACUACCUCCCUCAUGAGCUGGGUGAGGCGACGGUUGAUACUAUGCGGAAGAUCAAAUCCGCCCUCGACCCGCUCUGCCUGCUCAACGCCGACAAGGUCAUCCGGAUACAGAAGCCUGCUCGCGGCGAGGUUACCGACUGGUGA